AUGGAACAAGACAAAUCAUUUACAACAGAAUUCCUCGACGUCUACCGGCGUCAUCCGGCCCUGUGGAAUACUAAAAGUGAUUUGUCUAAAAACAAACACCUAAGGAAACUAGGUAUUGAGGAUUUGGUAAAGAUGUGCCAAGGUAAAUGCAAUGGGGCUGAUGAAGCAUUUGUAAAGCGCAAAAUAAAUAAUUUACGCACUGCGUAUAGAAGAGAACUUAACAAAGUUCGGCUAUCUAAAAGUACAGGUUCAUCUACUGAUGAUAUUUAUGUACCAUCGUUAUGGUACUUUGACUUAAUGUCUUUUACUGCGGAAGAUGAGGUUGGCAGAACGGGUAUAUCCAGUUUAGAUGAUGCUAUGGAAUUUAAUUUGGCACAGAUGGAUUUGAUAGAAAUAUCAUCACCGGAUGAUGAUGAAUAG